UUUCCGGUCUAGUAUAUAAACCAAUAGCGUAAGCAUAACUUUGCCGUCGCGCCAACUUUAAAAGCAAAAAGGGCGAAACAGACAAAAAAGGGGGCCAAAAAAAUCACUUCAUUCGAAAGCUUAUAUAUUUUUCUAUUCUCAAACUUUUGCACCACAUGGUUAUCUGUUUGCACCAACGGUGAAAAUGAUGUUUGAAGUUUGCAGGUCGCUAGCGCUCGACAAGACGAAUUUGUUUUUACUGGCUUUCUUGAAUGCUACUGGUUUGGCAUAAGUUAAUUUGGGAGAAGGCGACAACUAAGAAAAGAAUAACAAUACUUAUGAAAGAAACCAAAAUAAAGACGUCAUCAUUAUCAUAAAAAACACUAAAACCAGGAAAUAACAUUUUAGUCCGUUCAAUAAUUUGUUUUAUUAUCAGAGAAAACAAGAACUCAAAACAAAAGAUGGGCGGGAUUUAAUAACAACUUUGACUUUGAUGACUGCAGUCACCGGGAAACUAAACAUGCCUAUAAAUGACUUUCAUUCAAGAAAAUACCUAUUUAAUUCUUUUACAUGGUUGUUCUUUUGUUGAAGACUUCAAUAAUUUCAGGCUGUGCGGCUCGGCUGCAUCUCAUGCAAACACGAAACUUCUAGCUGCUAAAUACAUGGCACGAAAAGUUCGACUUCUAAAAGCCACUGAACCAGCUUUCGCUCUCUGAUUCUGAGAAUGGAAAAAUAAAUAAAUAGAGUUGUCAACUUGCUGCCAACCGGCUCAACAGUAUAAUUAAGCUUAUGUUUCAUGGCAAUCAACCCAGAAGAGUUUCGUUUUAAAACACGGUAAAACCCACUGGUAAACAAAACUACAAAGCGAUUGUGUGUCGUCGUUUUCCAAAUAAAGUUUGAAUCGGCUUUAACACAUGUAGACUGAGAAACUGAAGAACUGAAAAUUAGAACUACAAUACACAAGCUUGCAACGAUAACGUUUUAAUUCUAUGUCUUAGUUUCAGCCAGGUUAAGUGAAAAAUAACAGUCAAGAACUUUAUUUUCGUGAAUGAAAAUCAGUUUACCUGACGCUCUAGCCAAAAUUACACGCUGAGUUAUUAUCAUCUUACCUUUUCUGAACCUAAUCGACUAAUUGUUUCAGUGAUCUGUGCCUGGUUAUCCAUAAAAGCAAUUUCAAUAACUACAAAAUUGUCAAAAACACGAGCAGCAUAAAGCAGAACAACUGAACCACAAGCUGCACACAGAAUGAAGCGCGCGGGAGACGUUGACUGGAAAGUGUGACUGAAAAAGAGACCGGAAAUGCUCAACCUGGCGCAUGCGUAGACGUUUUGCCGCGGUGUUGUGCUACACACAUAUCAUAUAUAGUUUCCAGGCCCUUACGGUUCCAACCGACUCGCGGGCUCAUAGCAAUAUAAUAUCAACAACACCCUCCCCCACCUCCUCACUGAAGUAAAAUUAAGAAAACAACAACCUAGGAAGAACCCAGAAGAUUGUAAAGACCCAGAAAAUUAAACGAACGGCGAUCAAGGGGAGUUCAUGAGUCUAUUAAAAAAAGUUAUACUACUGUAGCACUCAAAGCAUCUAUUUGUAUUAAAAGAAAUCCUUGAAAGCUGGCCGUAUGUUGUAGAUUGCUGAAUAAAAUAUUAUUCAUUAUUCUCAGCAAUUUGCAAAGAUCCUGGAAUUCCACAACAUGGCGUAAGGCAGGGUAAUGAUUUUGAACACGGUAUAGUAGUGAACUUCACGUGUAAUGCCGGACUUACUUUGGUCGGUAGCAAGUCAAUCAAGUGUCAUAAUGGAAUUUGGAGCGCAGGUUUACCUCAAUGCAAAAGUAAGUUGAUUUGAAUGGUAAUAGUGGUUUGUAAACGUAGGUUUUGCUUUUUUACUCUUUUGCAACGGCAUAAAAAAUAUUAUUUUAUAUUUUUUCAACCCACACCUCGAGGGUGCAAGAAAAAAGUUUAAAAAGAAAUAGAAGUGAAUUAAAAGAAUCAAUCACCUAACCCUUCGCCGAAAUUUUAAGUUUUAAAAGUAAUACCAAUUCAAUUUGUCUUUAGCUACUUGCAGGAAUCCUGGAGUCCCGCAAAAUGGAAGGAGGCGAGAAAAUACGUUUAUUGAUGGCGACUCAGUUGAAUUUUCCUGUGAUGCAAACUACACGUUGAUUGGCUCGUCUGUUAUCCGCUGCAUUAAGGGAGUGUGGAGUUCAACUGUUCCGACUUGCAAAGGUGUUAUAAAUUAACAUUCUUUUCCGCUCCCCGUAACAACUAUCGUAGAACCAUCAUACUUCUAAGCAUGCCAAAUAAACAACCGAACCUGAAAUCAUUCCUUUCGUCAGAGAUAAUAGGCCAUUUGCACUAAGAGGUCAUGUGACAUCAUUUUCAUGAAAAUGAAAGUUAUAUGACUUGCCUUCAAAAAACUAUUAGUGGGUCAUGUCUUAAACAAAAUGAUAGUGAUUAAGUUUUUCAAACCCGAACCAUUUUCUUAAAAUGAGUCAGUGCGUAGCUGGUCACGUGACCAAAAUGUGAUUUUUUUUUUUUUUAACUAUGAAUUACCUCUUUCUGGACAGAAAUUUUGCACUUAAACUUCAAGGAAAUUGUUGAAAAGAUGAUGUGGUAACGUUUUCAGCACAUCUGAGUGUGACUAUCAAACGUUAAACAAGAUACAAGCAAAAAGCAGUUUUGGCCGCCAUGUUGGAGGGCAAGAGUAUGCCCUCCAACAUGGCGGCCAAUACAAAUCAUACUACUUUGUUGAGUGCCACAAAAUAUCUCCUUUAAAUGCCUUUUCUCUCAAAUUUCGGGUGUAAGAUCACUGUUAUCCCCUCCGUCAAUUUUUGGCAUCAGCAAGAUUCCAAUUCAUUGUUUAAAGGAAGCAUUGGUCACGUGACUUCUUAGUGCAGGUGGCCUGUUAUUCGUUAUGUUCCGUCGCGGUGGAUCUGAACCAAAGUAGACAUCAGCUGUUGUUCUAGAUUUUCUUACACCCUUGUGUAAAUUUAGUGUGUUACAAUUUUGAGAUCAGUGAUGAUAUGCUGAAGUAUCGGUGUACUCUAACCAGUGUUGUUUAUUUUUCUUCCCUUUUUGUAGCUUCUUGUCCAGAUCCCGGAGUACCGCAAAACGGGCAGAGGGUUGGCACUAGUUUUGGGCACGGCAAACACCUUCAGUUUUAUUGUAGUUCAGGUUAUUGGUUGGUUGGAAGCCAGCUGAUCGUUUGUAAUGAAGGCAAAUGGAGUAACGACAUUCCCACGUGUAAAGGUAGAUUUUCUAUAGUGAGAACGCAACGCGACAUUAUAGUGUUUUUUGGGAAGAAGAGGUAUAAAUGAUGUGUUGUCAAGUUAAGUGAUAUAAUUAACAAGCACUCAAGCAGACAGAGUAAUACCAUCUCAAGAAGGAAGACAACAUUUUUUUUUUGUUUUCAGUGCAAGGUGUGUUUCGUUGUUCUAACUAGUCCCAUCAUUAUUGUUUUGAAAUGAUUCAGUUAAGAACAAGGGUCAUUCAGUCAAUCACAGUCCGUAAAUCAGAAGAUAAAAGAUGUUAAAUUGUUCAGUACUGACCAUCCUCAGAACUUUCGGAGUCCAUCUGAUUUCAACGAAAUUCUCUUCCAGAAUAGUCCGUCAUGGUUAGCCAUCGUUUUAGAUUACGCUUUGCAACGUAGCUAAACCAGAAAGAGGGGCGGAAGGGAAGGAGGGGGAGGGGUUGAGAUACUGCUAAAGGGUUCUCCUUCACUAGCAGCUUCUCGCCAAACCAGUUGGUUUGACAAAACAUUGAUUGACAGCUAAGCACUAUCCAUCUCUCUCCUUUAAGGGGUGAAUUUUGCUAGAAUCUCACUUUUUUCAAUGCACUGAUAUUCGUAUUCAUUUUUGUUUUUUAGAUUGUUUUACGAUGCUAAUUGCCGUGCCGUGUUUCUUUCCUAGCACUUGUAAACGCUUAUAAACGCCUCCGAGACGGCAUACUAUUUUUUCAUGAGCCUGAGUUUGAGAUGAGUUUGGUAAUUUUUGCCCUUGUAAUUAACCCUUUUUUAUCAGCUAUGUGUAGAGAUCCUGGUAUCCCUCGCAAUGGGAUAAGAAUAGGCGAUGAUUUUGGAGAUGGUCAAAUGGUAGCUUACCAGUGUGACAGCAAUUUUGAUCUUUUUGGUUCAUCUACGUCGUUUUGUAUAGCAGGAGAGUGGAACUCUACAAGACCAGCAUGUAAAGGUGUGUACGUCGUCAUGAAAUAUUCUUAAAGUAUAUACCGUAAAGUUCCCAUAGUAGCAACCCUCGUUACUUUUGGAAUCAGCAGCAAUGGGUGAAUCAGCCGAUGUAGAGAAAAUCGAAUUCUUCUCUGACUCAGGGGCGAGCAAAGCUAAACUCAGUGCUUUAACGGUCCAUGAGAAAAAAUGCGUUUUAUAGUCAGGAGCCCUCAGGGUGAUGGACUUCUGUUAUUGUGCAGCAUACAGAAGUUUCAGUUUUAACUUGAAGAAACGUUCCUGCUCUUGAUAUGAACUUUAUAUCGGUGUAGUUUUUGCACUGCGCAAUCUGUGAACUGACUUCAACGACGAAUGGUAGUUUCAGGCAUGCCACGUUUUCCUUGAUGUAAAGUGCCUUUCGUGAUAAAUUUGUAAAUGCACGAAGAUAUUUGAAAUGUAUGUACAUUAAAAAUUUGACUAUAGAUUGCAAUUGGAAAACAUUAAAGGUAUAAGAUUCGAAAUGUUUAUAAUUGAAAAAUCUUAGUCUCGAUAGUGGGGACUCGCUACUUUUGGGGGGCGGGGUCGCAACUUUCGAGGGCUCGCUAUUUUCGGGAUUUAGUAGAAGUCAGAAACUUUUGACGUUACUUUCGGGGGUCGCUACUAUGGGAACUUUACGGUAUUGUGAAAAUUUGCCUCUUAUACAAAGGAAGCGAGUAAUCAGAGUAACUUCAACUGAAACAACUUAAACUUUCAUGUUGGUGUUCAUAUUUAUAGCUUCCUGCUCUGAUCCUGGUGUGCCUAAACAUGGCCAGAGGAUUGGCUCUAACUUUGGACAUGGCAACAAGGUCACAUUUGUGUGUCCUGCUCAGUACAGUCUGGAGGGAAGCCAUUCUAUGACAUGCCAUGAGGGAAAAUGGACCUCUACCCUUCCUGUUUGUAAAGGUAUUAUGAGGCGAAAAUGAAAAGACAUUCGAGAAGAACGUCAACUGUUCCUUUGUAAACAGAUUCCCUGCAGCUGUAACUGUAUGUGUGUAGCCAAACUUUUAAAACUUCUCUGUUUCACAUUUCUGAAACAGAGAACACCUUUUCUGUGUUAGAAGGCUGUAAUUAGAUUGAUAGAGCUUAUAAAAAAAUAUAGUUUUAAUCACAACAAAUCAGCAGGUUUCUUUGCACGGAAUUCCCUAUCUGUGCGUGAAAAAGCGAUCUGUUGAAAUUGACAGCAACAUUUACAUCAUGAAAAAACAUUUUGAAGCACCGUUAAAGUAAUGUAAGUUAAUAUCUGAAAGAUUAAGCUAUUAUCUCUUUUUACUUUCCUUACUUCCUUUACUUCCUUUAACAGAUUAUUAGACGACAACAAUUUAUUAACCUUUCUUUCUAUCUUAGCAUCCUGUAAGGACCCAGGCAGACCUCAAAACGGCGUUCGGCAUGGAAACGAGUUUGGUCACAACAAACGCAUUUCAUUCUCUUGUCAGCCGGGAUUCCAAAUGACCGGAAGUUCCGCUGCUGUUUGUAUCAAUGGAAAAUGGAGUGCAUCUAUUCCUCGCUGCUUUGGUACUGAUGCAUUGUUUUGCUUAUUAUGUAUGAUUAAUAUAUACUGAUACUGUAGGUUAACUGUGUUUGCUUACUAUACCAAUGAUUUUUUUAGCUAUCUGUCCUGAUCCUGGGGUCCCUGCUAAUGGAAGUAGGAUAGGGAACGACUUUCUUGAUGGGCAAACUGUGGCUUUUAGGUGUGAUCAAGGUCACACCCUUAUUGGCUCUCAAGUGUUACAAUGCGUGGCAGGAAAAUGGAAUGGAGUUUCGCCAAAGUGUAAAGGUAUAAUUUUUGCUUUAGAAGGAAAGCUUGGCAAGCAAAUUUUUUUCUUGCUUCUCUUAAUGUUUUAAUGGUAGCGCCCAGCAACUAUUUUCUUGUUAUUCUUUCCUUUAAAGCCUCGUGUCCGAAACCAGUUGUUCCGUCCAACGGCCGUGUUCUUAAUUCAAUGCCUGGUCUUAGUCGCCAUGGCGACAAGGUUAAGUACGCUUGUAACUCUGGUUUCAGACUUGAAGGUUCUUCCACCAUAAGGUGUAACAAUGGAAAGUGGAAACCAUCCGCUCCCUUGUGCAAAGGUAUGAAGGUGAUUAUUUCAUCUACGAAAUAAACAAGUAUAUCUGUCUUAUACGCUGUUUUGCACCAGAGAAAAGAGGUUAAGUAGAUUGAGAUUUACAUGCAUAGUAACCUCUACUAUAUCGGGUAGAUAUAAAUGACGGUUCUACUCUGGUUCUUGUUUGUGUGUCCUUUCUGUAUGUGUCGUAGUUUUUAGACAAUUUAGCUAUGAGUCUGGGAGUUAAUGACAAACAGUCUCAAAUUAUGCCUUCAUUUACUAACUAAUGCUGUCUUAAGCUUAUACCCAGGCUAACAGAUCCAGAGUUGAUGCUUAUCCAGGGACACGUUUGAUAAAACGCGAAGAGUUCAAAACCUUGGGGUGAGACCCAAAGCAUCGACGCACGCUUAGGGGGGCCCCAAAAUAGCAGAGGGAUGACUUGCACUCGUUAUUAUGAGAUUGCAUGUUAUCUCCCAAUGCUUGUUAAUAUUUUGUUGGGAUUUAAUUUUGUUUUGAUAUAAAUUUAAUUAUUCUUUGUCCUCGUUCAUGGAAAUAUUGUAAUAUGAAUAUGACUCUAAGAAUAGCAUAGUAGAGACUCGAUGGCAAUGUUUCGCUGAGUCUUUCAAGUUCCUUCAAUUUCUUCCAGAAUUGUGUCAGGACCCUGGAAUUCCACCAAACGGGGCCCGGAGAGGAAAUGAUUUUCGACAUGGGAAGCGGCUCGGUUUUACUUGCAAUAAUGUAAUCGGAAUUUCUGAGACCUGGCUAAACGAUUCUGCUCAUUCGGUCGAUAUUAAUGGUUUCAAAUUUCUUCACAAGUAUAGGCAAAAUAGAACUGGAGGUGGGGUAGGGCUUUAUAUUUCAAACGAUCUAGAGUUCAAACUUCGAGAAGAUUUGUCCCUCCACAAUGUUGAUACUGUAGAAUCACUGUUCAUUGAAUUAAUACUGACCUCGAGAAAAAAAUAUAAUUGUUGAUAUUGUUUACAGACCGCCAAAUCAUAGACUCGACGAUUUCUUGUCUACAAACAAUGAGUUGUUAGGUAAUAUCUCUAGAGAAAACAAAAUAUGCUUCCUAAUGGGGGACUUUAAUAUUAAUUUAAUUAACUACCAAAAUCAUCAUCUCACAGGCCAAUUCCUAGAUGGAAUGUACUCUAAUAUGUUUUUUCCUUUGAUUACGCGUCCCUCGAGAAUUACUUCACAUACUGCUACGUUAAUAGAUAAUAUUUUUGCGAACAACUUUUUUGAACGUUCGAGAAGCGGCUUAUUAUUUACUGACAUUUCAGAUCAUCUACCCGUCUUCUCAAUUCAUUCAGAUAACGUUAACACGUCGGUAAAUCGAUGUCGACAAGACCCCUUCUUUAUUAGAGAUAAGAAUCCGAAUAAUAUUCCUACUUUUGUUGAAAAACUAGAAGCUGUUGAUUGGUCUUCGAUUAAAACUUGUGAUGAGCCAGAUAUUGCGUACAAACGCUUUCAUGAAAUGUAUACAAAGAUUUAUAACGAUUGCUUCCCUCUCAAGAAGGCGACUAGAAAGCAGAGGCGCUUUAAAAAACCGUGGUUAACGAAAGCUCUUCUUAAAUCAAUUAAAACAAAGAAUAAACUUUACAAAAAAAAGUUGUCAAUAUGGUUUAGAGCUAACAGGCUUUCAUUAAACUUGAAAAAAACCAAAUUCAUUGCAUUUAAACCAUCCCAAAAGCGUACAAAUCAAACUAUUCAACUUUUAAUUAAUAGUCAAAAAAUUGAUCAAGUAAAAGAAACAGUUUUCCUGGGAGUAAUCAUGGACGAAAAUUUAAAUUGGAAAUCUGAAAUCUCACAUGUCGCCAAUAAAGUUUCUAAAUGCACAGGAAUUAUUCGUAAAUCCAGUUUCUAUUUAUCCACGAAAACCUUACGAACACUAUAUUUUUCUCUAGUCUAUCCAUACCUUUUUUACUGCAACUUAGUUUGGGCCUCUACUUACAGAACUAACCUUAUUCGUCUUGAGAUUUUACAGAAACGAGUGAUCAGAACUAUAGCUAAAACCACUUUCGAUGCACAUACUGAUCCAAUCUUUCAAAAUCUUGGUAUCUUAAAAUUUCAUGAUAUAUACUUAAUACAACUAGGCUUAUUCAUGUACUCCUAUCAAAACCAUACUCUACCUUUAAAAUUUCAUUGUAAAUUUACCUUACAAAGUCAAAUUCAUUCGUAUAAUACAAGAAACUCGUGUAAAUUUCGUCUGCCUUUCUGUCGUACUCGAACCAAGCAAUUUUCCGUUUUUUAUCAAGGACCUAAAUUUUACAACACCUUAAACACCAACAUCAUCAACGCUUCCUCACCUUUCUCCUUUAAAAGAGCACUUAAGGCAUUUAUUUGUAAUAAUUAUUAGUAUACUUCAACAAAAAUCUUUGGAAAAAGCCUUUUAAUAUUCAACAUUUGUACAUGUAAACUUCCGUAAUAUUGAUUAGUUUAAUUUUUCACCUGAUAUUAUACUGUACCCGUCGCCGUAAUUUUUAUGCCAUCUUCGAAAAAUUGUAAUUGAGGAGGCCUAAUUAACAUAAGCUCUAUAGUUUCUUUUAGGCCUCCUCGCCAUCUCUUCCUACAUUUUUUUUUUUUCUUUUGGCAUCUUUAAGUAAUGUAAUUGUGUGGCAAAUAAAUAAAAAUACCUAAUAAUGGUUAUACCUUGAUCGGGAGUCGAGCAAUAACCUGCUCGGGAGGAAAGUGGAAUUCAGCAACUCCACAGUGCAAAAGUAAGUUAAAAGAACAAAUAAAUGCAGGGAAAAUCAUCGCAGUUGAAGGCGCGCUGCUUAUACAGCUCCAAAGAGAAAGCCUGAAAAAAUUCAGGCUUGCCGGGAUUCCAACCCUGACUUCUGGUGCAGCGCUAUCACCAAUUAAGCUAACAAGUCAACUGGGAACUGGUCAUUAAAUUGGUUCGUAAUAUACCGGAAUUGAAAGAUGAAGAUGAAAGCUAAAUUGGUGAGAGCGCUUCUUCGGUAUAACAGUGGUCAGAGUUUGGUGUUAUUGUUGUUGUUGUUUGCAAAAAUUCUGUUGAUUAAAGCUAGAAGUAUUAUAUAACGUAUCAGUCGUGCACAGAGAAUGAAAUAUUUUGUGACUAUUAAAUUUAUUUAGAGACUUGCGCUGAUCCCGGAGCUCUACAAAACGGUCGUAGAAUUGGCAGUGAUUUCCGUCAUGGCAAAACAGUAAAGUUUCUUUGUGAAUCUCGUUUUACGCUGAGAGGGGCUAGGAGCAUUACUUGCAAUGAUGGAAGAUGGAGCGGUAAAAUUCCCGUAUGUACAGGUAUAGUUUAUGUGAGCUUGUCAUGAGUGUUGUGUAAAUAGAACGUCGGAUGUUACUAAGUUAUUGCAUAGAACUUGAAAUAAUUUUAAGUUAACGUUAUAUAGACGUUUCGCUUGAAGAAAUGAUGCUUUCGAUAAACAAGAAAUUGUUAGCCAAAACGUCCUUUUUUGUGGCUAUUUCUUCGUUUUGAAGCUCGUCAACACAGAUAAUUGAAUUUUUUUGGCUUUUUAUCCUCGCUUGUUCAAAGACAAAAUAAAAUCACCACUACGAACUAAUUAAGCCCGGCAUCCGCAUUUUUUUAGAUUCUCCUCCUUUCGCUGGCACAAGCUUACAUAUCAGUGAUGGGCAAACAGGUCUCGAUCAUAAAGAGUUAAUUUUCACCAUAGAAAGUUGACAAUAUCUUCCAGCACUUUUCUGCGAUUCAUACGACUUUCAGUCGAUGCUUUUCCUGAGCAAUUUUUCAUUGUUACUUUUUAGCAAUCUGCAACCACCCUGGAACUCCUCGAAACGGUGCAAAGCAUGGUAGA